AUGAAAGCAAAUUCAUCGAUAACUUUGAUGAAAGAUUUCGUUUUUUCUUGGAAGUCCUUACCUGAUAAAUCUUCAAUGAUAAAGUUGAAUCUGCAUAAUCUCAACCAUUGCGAUUCGUUAACUUCUUUCCAUUUAGUCAUCCAAAGCCACCAUCAGAGCCAAGUUGAAGCAUCACCUAAGGACAACAAGAAAAAUUAUUUAAAACUCAAAAUCUUUACAAAAAGGUUAUCGAUGAAUUUGGAGAUCAUUUUUGUGAACGCAGUUCCUAUCAUGAACAUUUCGAAGAAAGUAGAAGAAUUUCCCCCUCAUUUGCAUCAAAAUAAAUCUUCAACUCUGCCCAUUACAAUAUCUAGUAGAUUUAAAUUUGUUUGUGAAAAUUCGAAACAAGUUUUCACCUUUCAGUACAACUACAAUACUUAA